GAUUUUUUCUCUUCCCCGAGUGUUGGACUUGAGGAAUCACGUCACUACAACUAAGCCUGAAUGCUCAUUUGUAUUGUUUAGGUAUUUUAAGUGGUAGUUGAUUAUCAGCCUAAGAGUUUAUUUUUGGGUGGUCAUGAAUCAAAAUACUAAGAUGGCUUGAGGGCAUGUACUUGGAGAUGGCAACACACUUUUUUUCCUUGUGGCGUUUAGAAUGUAGGAGAUUGGGUACUUAUAAGAUUGUUAGUAAUUUUUUUUUGGUAUGCAGUGUUCAUUUUUUGGUAAUGCAGUGGUGCGUGUUGUUGCGAUUGCGAAAUACACCUCCAGAGCACCUCUCGUGAGCAGCCACCAGUUAUUGAGAGACCACCAUGCAGCAAGUGAUGCGCUCAGCAGUCUGCCUGGCUCUUCUGGGGCUGGCUUUUGCUGCUGAGGCCAAUGGCCCCAAGGUCACAGAUAAGGUCUGGUUCGACAUCACCAUCGGAGGCGAGGCCGCCGGCCGGAUCGAGAUCGGCCUCUUCGGCAAGACGGUGCCCAAGACAGUGAAGAACUUUGCCGAGCUGGCCACCAAGCCGGCCGGCGAGGGCUACAAGGGCAGCAAGUUCCACCGGGUCAUCUCGGACUUUAUGCUGCAGGGCGGCGACUUCACCCGCGGAGACGGCACCGGAGGCCGCAGCAUCUACGGCGAGAAGUUUGCCGACGAGAACUUCAAGCUGAAGCACUACGGCGCCGGCUGGCUGUCGAUGGCCAACGCCGGCAAGGACACCAACGGCAGCCAGUUCUUUAUCACCGUGAAGAAGACCUCGUGGCUGGACGGACGCCACGUCGUCUUCGGAAAGGUCCUCAAGGGCAUGGACGUGGUCCGUAAGGUGGAGGGCACCAAGACGGACGGCCGGGACCGGCCUGUCAAUGACGUGGUCAUCCUGGACUGCGGACACGAGCCGCUCGCAGAGGCAGCCUACUUCGCCGUCACAAAGGACGACGCCACUGCGUAGGUGCCGCCGCGUGACUGACCCGCUGACGUCCAGAGGUGCACAGGACGGCUGGCGUUUGGAGUUUUCCUCCUGGGGGUCCACUGGCGGUCGGAGUUCUCCAGGGGUCCACUGGCGUUAGGGUGCUCUGGGGGUCUGCUGACUACCGGAAUACUCCGGGCUUCAAUGUCCGAUUGUCGUUCGGAGUUCUCCGGAUAUCCGCUGGCACCCGGAACGACUGGCGUUUGGGGUCCUCCGAGAGUUCACUGGCAAUCUGUCCUCCGGGGGUCCGCUGACGUCCAAAUUACUCCUCGACGACUGACUUCGGGAGGCCCCGGGCGCCAAGACGAGCGAGGUGCGCGAUUGGGAUGGGCAUGGGGACGGGAGGUCGAAGGUCUACGGGGGUCUCAGAGUGAGAGUGCAUUAUUGUGUGGGCGUCCGUUUCAGUUGAGAUUGCGUGCCAAGCACGCGAACCGUCUGCUGUGGUUACUGUUUGUGAUAGGACUCACCGCGCGGGGAAGAAAAGAACUGUUUUUGGGUGCGACUGGUGCAUUGUUCUGGCCUCAUUCCAAGCUCCAAGCGUCAAUAGACUAGCCUUUUUGCUCAUGUUGCGCUACCAUAUUGUCCUGUUUGAAAUACACGCCGAUAUUGUCUA